GUUGAGAGAGAAAGAAAGAGAGAGAGAGAGAGGACACAGCAUAUAACACAUAUCAUGAGUCUCUUUGCACGAUUCAUGCAUAAGUUUGUACAAACUAUGCCGACCCUGUAAUGACUGAUUAGCAUUGAGUCAGUACUGCUAUCAAAGUGGUCAAUCCCAAAGAAGGGGAGCAAAAAGAAGUCCCUCCCUAUGUUUGGUGUCGCUGAGGAUUUUUAGUCAGCUGAACCCAGAGAGGAUGAGUGGGAGUGGAAGUGGAAGAAUGAUGAACAGGUAUUAUCCAUUCACAGAGGCACAGUGGCAAGAGCUAGAGACACAAGCCCUUGUCUACAAAUACAUGGUGUCAGGACUCCAAGUCCCAUCUGAGCUCAUCUUCAGUGUUAGAAGGAGCCUGGAGUCCAACUCCUCCUCACUCUCCUUUGGCCCAUUCCCUCCUCAUCAGGUGGGUGGGUGGGGUGAGUUCCAGGCGGGUUAUGGCAGGAAAGCAGACCCUGAGCCAGGGAGGUGCAGAAGAACAGAUGGGAAGAAAUGGAGGUGCUCCAAGGAGGCCUACCCUGACUCCAAGUACUGCGAGAAGCACAUGCACCGAGGCAAGCACCGUUCAAGAAAGCAUGUGGAACAACAGCAACCGCCGCCAGCCUUGUCGAUCGGCGCCGCCGCUUGUCCACCGACUUCUUCAUGCAUUAUCUCGGCUAGCGGUGAACACGAAUACCACCACCCAACACUCCAUCCCUUCAUGACUACUACUUCUUCCUCCUCCUCCGCUAGGCCUGCUCCAGAUGCGGGUCCAUUCCCUCAUCCGUAUGAAGCAAGCAGCCACCACCUUCAGCACAACUACGUGCUGAAUUCUUAUUCUCAGAACCAUAAAGAUGGCAGGUAUUUUAUCCAUGGGAAGCUCGGUGAAGUGGACUAUGAGAGGUCUUUCUUCCCAGAAGCUUCAGGUGCUGAAUCAAAUUACUCUCAAGCUCACGAUCAGUAUCAGGGCUCGAUCCAAUUCUCUUCACAAUCACAGGACCACAGGGAAAGUCACUCAUUUGUUCUGGGUCCUGAUUACAAAUCAGCUGAGCCAAUGAAGCCAGAGAAGGAAGACCAACCCCACAAGCCAUUACACCACUUCUUCGGGAAAUGAAUGCUCUUCUAUCUUUUCUUUUUUCCUUCAAUUAGACUGCUCUAUGCAAGUUGCUCGGGGCUCACUGAUGGGGUGACUUGGAGCGAAGGAACGCAACAGUAGGUGAUGAAUUCAAUUCCUCUGCAGAAAAGAGGUAGGGUCCCAUAUCAGGAGGAGGACUUGAAGUUUUGUUCCCACUUUUAAUUUUAUUUUGCUUUCAUUGCACUUUCUCUUUCCCCUAUGAGCAAAACAUGUCUCAGAUUUGCAAGGCUUGUUUCUUUGACUGGAAGCAACAUUAGAAAAUGCUCCUUGAGGGACUUUGUCCACUUUCUGUAAUCAAAGCACCACC